UCUCCUUUGGCUUUGAGGUAGAUGGGUAGUUCUCUUCAACAUAUUGUGUUGUUUGUUGUAUUGCUUCUUGCUAAUACACUCACAACACAAUGCUUUCCUUCCAUUGAAGAGCAAGGAAACUCAACAGUGCCAUGGCCCUCUGAUGUUGCUCCGGAUCUCAUCUUUCCAAAUCAAAAUCUUACCUCAAAUGAAACUUCAAUAAUCACUUAUUACUCAAUUCAUACAUGGUACCCAGAAGGUGGCAAGGAUCACUAUUAUGGUGUGGAGGCCACAAUAGAUGUUUACAACCAUGAUUUACAACUUGGACAAUCAAGUGCAGCAAUGAUUUCAAUUGUAAAUAGAGGAGAUGGAAAACCAUCUUCGCUCAGCGGGAUUCAAUUUGGGUGGCAUAUUUUCCCAUGGCUGUACAAGGAUUCACACACUCAUUUCUACACGUCUUGGAUUAGUGGUGGAUCUUCUAGCAAGGGUUGUUGGAACAUGAAAUGCCCUGGCUAUCACAAGACAUCAUCGAGGAUAGCUCCAGGCCAGGUCAUCAGUCCACUUUCACGUAUCAAUGGCAACAAAUCAUAUAUCACACUAAGAAUAUUCAAGGAACAAUCUUCAGGUGAUUGGCAGAUCCAUGUGGGAGCUAAUAGUGGGCAUCCAAAACCCGUGGGUUACUUCCCUAAAUCCUUGAUUACAGGACUCAUAGAUAAACCCGUGGAGAUAAGCUUCGGUGGCUAUGUCAAGCAUAGGAAAUCACGACCAAGUCCUCCAACGGGAAGUGGCUAUGUUUUCGAAACCGGCAGGGCUGCAUCCUUCGGUAUACUCAAGCUUAUCGAUGCACAGGGUAUUGAUCAUAACAUCGUUGCAGAUCUUCCAUCUUCUACUGAUGGAAAAGGUUGCUAUACUCCUUCAAAAAUAAAGUGGGCACAGUUCUUUUAUGGGGGGCCUAGUUGUGCUGAUUAACUAUGUGAUAUUUCACUUAUGUACUUCAAAGGCUAAAAAAUAAUCAAGAAAGGAGUGUUCAUCAUGUCCUCACUACAAAUUUAAAUUCCCAACUGUAGUACAUACCAUGCAAUCUCUAGCUUGUAUAAAAAACUUAUGGGGUGGUUUUUCCAACCAUUG